CCCCAGUCUCUGUUCUAGAGGUUCCAAAUCCUGUUCCCUGGGGAACCCGACGGAAGCCUGGAACAGGGGGGGAGAAGAAGAAGCCUGACUUUAAGGUUCCGCCUCCUGGAGAGAUGCAGAGUCUCAGGCCUGAGCAGAUUCGGGGGCUGCUGGAGCCCGAGAGGGCUAAGUCACUGCUGCCUCGGGAGAGCAGGGCCUGGGAGAAGCGUGCCGCCUUCACCAAGGACUGGGUGACUGUGGAGGUUGGGGCCUCCGGCUGUGACAGUUACGAGGAAGACCUACCUUCUCCCGAGACUGGGCUUCCCCAGGAGUGGAGCUCGGUAGAGGAAGACAAUGAGUCAGAGGACUCCCAGGGCUUUGUGGAGUGGUCAAAAGCUCCGCAGCAAACAACCAUAGUCUUGGUAGUGUGUGUGCUUUUUUUGUUCCUGGUUUUAACAGGGAUGCCUAUGAUGUUUCAUAUUUAA